AUGUCCGACAACGUGUUCAUCGACGUCGUCGAGCCCAUCGACUAUCACGUGCUCGCGCCGAGCGAGAAGGAGCUCGAACGAUGGUGGGCGCGGCAGAACAGGCAAGGGCGAGGCGCGGGUGCGUUCGACGCCAAUUCUAUCGGAACGAGCGGAAGCGACCGAGGGAGCGAUUCCGACGCGAGCGACUGCGGCGGCAUGACCCUGCGCGAGGCGCAGCAGCUCGUGAACAAGCGUCGCGCGGAGCAUCCGGGUCGUUUGGACGAGAGGUUCGGGUCGGGGAUGCGCGUCAAGACGAAGCUGGCCGCCCCGUCGAGCCCGCUGGCAACCAUCCCAUCCUCCCCGACAAUUCACCGGAACAGGGCGGAUUCGUCGAGCUCGGGCGAGGGGGAAGGCCUCGCGGGACCGUCUCCCAGGUCGCCCCUGGACCGCGCCGCCGCCCGCGACGCGCGUCUCGAGUCCGUCGCAGCAUCGGGAGGCUCGCCGAAGGCGGCUCCGCGCCCGGCGACCAUCGCGUUGCUCACGCCGGCCGUCUCCUCGGACAACUUGCCCUCGAGUCCGUCGCCGAGGACCAGACUCCAUCGUCAUCCGUCGCCCGGCGUCAUCGACGAAAUCGCGCCAGCCGCCGCGUGCGCCCCGCCGGACGACGCCGCGUCCGACAGGUACGUGGACAUCGAGGCGGGCGUGAGGGAGAUCAUCGCGCGCGAGGAGGCGACGCCGGGCGGUGCGGCUCGGGGCGGAUGGAUGGACGGGUGGGUCGGAUGGACGACGACGAGGCGAAUCGCGAGGAGGUUAGCGGACCGAAGGAUCCCACGGCCCGCGUGGGCGGCGUUCGUGGUGCUUUGGCUGUACGCGAUCGCGCGGCUGGUGCUGGGCGCGUGA